AUGACAGACGAGAAGAUCUCGCGCGAAACUUCUUUCCCAAGAGGUCAAUACGCCGUUCAUGAGACGACAAUGUUGUCGACGACGAAGUCAGCCGCUGCCGGCGAACGGAAGUUUACGUCGCCGAUCGUCAUGAAAAAUCUUCUGCGGAACGCUUCCGGCGUCUUUCGGCCGAGCGUGCAUUUAGGCGAAAUCGAACAACCGUCUAACGCCAUCCGGAUGAAUCCCUUCAACAGCGUGCAUCAGCUGAGGUUUGAAAAUAACGUUCAGCUGAAUUCACGACGCGAACACUUCCAAGAUGUUCUCCAGGACAUGUAUCAAGGUGUCUCCAGUGCAGUAGUAGACGAAGCGACGCGACCGAGCAAAAUUAAGUUCCAAGAUAAUGAUGACCAACAAGUCAUUACGGAUUACCCCGGAUUGUCGUUCAAUGCGAAGCACGUACUCGUCGAUCCAACCUUCUUUCAAAACGCCGAGAAACCGAUGCAGCAAGACACAUCGGCGAUUUUCGGGAAAACAAUGGCUGGUACCUCCCACCUCGAUACUUCACGAUCACCAUACGUCAUCGGUGAUCAGAAUGUUUAUCAGCCGGCGCCGCAGGAAACCACGUAUGAGAUAAUAAAACAGCCGGAGAACGGUAUUCUGUUUCUUCAACAAGAGGAGUCUACAUAUACUAGGAAGCGCAAAUUCCCUUACCAGUUUUAUCAACCGAGCAGCGAGUAUCACGAGGUGAAAUAUGCAGAGGUGCCGCAGCAUUCGAUAGAGGCUUAUCCACAUAUGAGAAAACUGUCGGCCUGGAAGAAAAUCGUUCGCCUGAUCGGCACCUUUUUGCCGUUGGGUCUGCUGUUGGCGACAUUGACACCCAACGUCGUGCGAAUCAACGACACGACGCAGCCGAACAUCGUCCUCUCGAAACUGCGGGCCGCCGACCUACCGGUCGAGCACAAACGAACGGGCCGUCUGCUUGACGACCAAUCGACCACGUGCGAAAAUCGAACGAUCUGCGAACUGAUCUUGGCCGGCAGCGAGCCAGAGUCCAACAUCUUGCAGAACAUCCUGUGGAAUUUAGCCACUAGGAUCUCGAAUGACGUUGCAACGAAGAAUGGUCUUGAUGAAGUGUUCGACGCUGUUAAGAAGAAAGACUGCACAACGAUCACUUGUUAA